AUAUAUUUUUGAAUUGAUCAUGGUGUCGUCAUCUUACAAUACUACUUUGACUUUUGACAUAUGUGCCUCUCUUUGUUUGAUAGAGUUGUAAUUUUUAAAAAAUUAUAUUGAACAGUAACGACAAGAGGUUAUGAUAGAUAAGAACAUACGAUAAAUUUUAUCGAGAAUUUCCUAGACUCGUUAAGAUUAGUUCACUAAAGUAAAAACGUAAUAUGGUCAGUUUUUUAAGAACGAACCUUUAAGUCGAGUUCCUUUUCCGUUAUUGUUGUUGUUUUUUUUUCCAGUUUCAACACACGAUGUCUUGGUUUUUUGGCAAAAAGAAACAUCAGAAGGAAUCACCAGUUGAAUCGACUGAAGAUCUUACAUCUACUAGCAUAGAAAAUGAAUUUGAAAAUAUUGAAAGACAAAUGUAUCCUGUACCUCAAAAUUCUCAGGAUGGAAUACCUUAUCCUGGUGGUGGCUUAUAUCCAGUCAUAAAUGAUGCUUCAACUUAUCCUACACUACCUACAAAUUCAACUAAACAAAAUCAGCAAGGGGAUAUGCAACAUUAUUUAAGUGGAGUACCAUUCAAAUUAUGUAAACAAUUGGAGAGUAAUAUGAAUGAUUUUGAGAUUGAUAGGUUACGUGCAAAUGAAAUUUUAUCUUUUAUCCAAAGAAUAGAGGAGCAAAAUUUAGAUUAUGAUUUUUCACAUGAAAAGAGUGUCAUUACGGAAAUGAAUAGCACUAAUGAUGAGUAAUCAAUAAAUGUUAUCUAAAUAUUUAUAGGCAAAAAGCGAUUUUGUUUUCUAAAUAUAUAAAACAGAUAAAAUAUCGUUUAUCUAUUAUUACAUAUGUUAUAAUGAAUUUUGAUAUUUCAAUAUUGUUUAGAGAAUACACGUUAACUUAAAUGUAAUUGGUUUGUUUUUUUUUUCUUUUGUAUAUUUAUUGCUUAUAUGUAAUUAUGAUGUAAUAGUUUGUGAAUUUGGAAUAGAUAAAUUUCCAGGUAUAUGGCUCUAUUAAAUAUAAUUAAAAUAGUUUUAAUUAGUGACAAUGUAUAUCUUAGGAAAUGUUGACAAAAAAAGUAUUAACAUAUUAAUCAUAUGUUUAAACCAUAUUUCUGCUGCCAAGCUUGCAAUGUAUAAUGAUACUUAUAUUUCCUUACGUGCUCAGGAAGAAACUUGUAGGCAGAUACAUGACACAAACUGUGCACAAGGACAUAUUCUUGAUAUUUAAUAGUUAUAUAAACAGCAUGAGUGUCAUUGUAAAUAUUGUUUACAAGUUGUAUAUUUAUCAUUGUUGAUGAUGAUUAAAUGCCAUUACUUAAUGUAAUCAAAUACAUAUAAAAUAUUAAAAAAUUAUUUUAAAAUAAACUAUUAGCUUGUUGCAAAGAAUUUAAUUAUUAACCGUAAUAUUAGAUAAAAAGGAAUAUUUUGAGAAAAGUGUUAAGUAUUAACAUUUUAGUAUUUAACUUACUGCAGCCAUAAAACUUUCAGAAAUAAAUAUUAUACAUACAUAUUUACACAUAUACUUUUUUGUAGUUUGAUAUUAAUUACUUGCGAGUGUACUAAAAAAUGUAAUAAAAGAAUUACAAAUCCUUAUUCACAA